AUGGAGCUGUGCUCUGCAUGGCCAGGAAGAAUCGCGGCUCACAUGGAGGUAUGCCGUGUGUGCUACGGCGAUCCAACCCCUGUACGCACAGCGUUGCCGUUUUACACGCCGUCAACCGCGCCCGCGGUGACCCCACGCGAGGGUGAAGACGCCGAGUCUUCUUGGCAAGCUAAGCACUGCACGCGGGAGGAAACACUGCUGGUGAUGUUAGCGGACAAGGUUGAGGCGACAGCCGCAGUGCAAGAUGCGUUUCUCACGCGAUGGGGCGUCCAAGAUGCAUGGGACCACACCAGCGCGCUGCAGGGCCGAAGUUGGUGGGUAAAGGGGGGUAUUGUGGCCCUACUCCCAUCCGAAGCUGCUACCAGUGUUGUGGAACCUUUUCUGACUUUGGAGCUCUCGCGGAUGGGGAACACGUGCCCUCCGCUACCCCGCGAUUAUCAGAAAUGCCGCGACUCGAGCCGAGUACUUGAGGGGGCGCUGACGCACGCUCUCCUGGAAAGGGAACUUACAGAUUGCCUGAGACUGUACCUGCGCAGCGAGGUUGAUCACCGAAUAGAGGCUCGUGCGUUGCAUCGAAUGACUGCGGUGGUGCCACCCGCAAUGGCGCUGUUUCUCAGGGCGGUGCAGUCCUCUGUCUUACACGAUUGUCUUCUCUACCACACCGUGGACUGUCCGCUCUUCGCGGUGGAAGGGGGAGGCUACAAUGCAGCACAGAGCGCCGUUGAUCGUGCCACCUCUGUGGUAACACCAGCGACUAGUGCCAAUGCGUUUGUGCCACCGCUGAACUCCGGUCGAUCAUCAGCAGACCUACUGGAGCUGCAGUACCGUGUCGCGGAUGACGAGACGGCGCGACUGGCUGGGCUGUUUCACGAGUACGACUUGUUGCUUUCCGGGAACGGGUAUGUACGAGUGCCGCUUGCACCCGUUUCCCGCUACGUGUUUACCCAGCUGCUGUGCCAGUCGGAGCUGCCGUCUGCACUCAUGCUGCCGUUUAUGCGGCAGCACGCGGACCUCACAUGCACUGCAGUCGACACUGACCAUCGCAUCGACUCAGCUGCUAUGCCGACAAGGUCUUCCCUGCCGACGGAGGAAGAGGUGGUGCUAGGGAUGAAGGUGACCUGGGCAGUGGAGCGUUGGACGGCGGCCCUGCGAAGAGGCGCCGCGGCUGCGUCCCUUGUAGGUCUACCUACGUGGAACGAAGAGCGAAGCCUGCGUAAAGCUGAACUGUGCAGCUGGAUUCAGGAACUUGUGCGAGGGGCCAAGCGCGAGGCUGAAGAGUUCUCCUCUAUUGACGACGCUGCUGAUAUGGGUGCCAGCGGUAGAGAAGAGGUUCGCGUCGCUUCUACGGUGUCUGCGCGGCCGGCUGGGAGCGGUAACACGGCCGAUUCCCUGCGGCGCUGCCGAAGUGCCGCACUGCAACAACUAGAGCAGAGACUCUUCGUGCCGUUUCCAUCCUCCUACCGUGGCUCCUCGCUUGAGUGGUUGGGGCAAGCUCUCCGUGAGGUGGCUCGAGAGCACGUGCACGCAGCAUCGAACAUGGUACCGCGCGACGACUUACGAGCGUCCUGGACGGGACCCACCACAGUGCCACACAGAGCUCCGUCACCAAGCGUGUUCGACACCACCUCCACUGAAAGCGACUCAGACGCAACGUCAGGGGACAGCAGAGAUGACGCAGGAGGUGUUGGUACGCCCACAGCGAAGGAGGCGGAGAACCUACUAGUGCAGCUGACAGAGCUUGAGGUGCUGCUUCAACACGAGCCGGCAGGUCAAGUAACGGUCCCUCUCACGCGGAAAGGCGAUGCUCGAAGAGCUGAAUCCCACCGCAGCGCUUGUGAUAGUGUAACCGUCGACCAGGAGAGGGAUGUGAUGCCGUGGCUUUUAGCUGAUGACAUGCCGCAAGUAACGUGUAACGAGCUCUUCCUGCAGCAUGUGCAGCUCCUGGAGUCUGAGAUGGAGCAGUACCACUAA